CUUCUGCUGCGAUUGGAUGUUAUUACCUUUAUUUCACACAGCUGAAUUUGUCUAACCCGGUUGGUCGCAUCGUUUAGUCACAAUGCCGGUGAACGCGCUGCCCCGCGGCGGCAGCAGUGGCUUAGGCGGCCCGGGGUCUCUGAGCCCGGCGUCGCUGUCCCGCAGUCUGUCCCGGCUGAGGGAGUACCGGAACCGGACCAGAAUCAUGCUGGCUCUGGGAGUCUCUCAAAUGGUCCUGGGGAGUCUCAUCCUGGCUGUCAGCUUCGCGGCUCUGGCUCUCACCACAUCACCCAGAGUCCGGCACUCCUGUCCUUUCUGGGCAGGUUUCUCAGUUCUGCUCUCUGGUCUCAUCGGAGUGGUGUCAUGGAAGAGGCCGCUCUCUCUUGUGAUCACAUUCUUCAUGCUGCUGUCUGCAGUUUGCGUGAUGCUCAACCUGGCAGGCUCCAUCCUCUCUUGCCAAAACGCUCAACUUGUCAACUCUCUGGAAGACUGUCAGCUGUGCGGAUGUGUGUUCUCUCCUUCACCCCCCCAGCUCAAGUUUGACAGCGAUGGAGUGUGUGUAUGCUGCGAGCUACAGAAGCAGAGCUCGAGCUGCAACAACCUGGGAGAGACGCUGAAACUGAAUCCACUGAGGGACUGCAAUACGAUACGCAUACGUCUCAAGGAGCUGCUUUUCAGUGUAUGUGCCCUUAACGUCAUCUCCACCAUUGUGUGUGCUCUAGCCACUGCAAUGUGCUGUAUGCAGAUGGUCUCGACUGAUGUGCUGCAGAUGUUUAUGCCACACAGAGCUCGAGCCCUGAACGCUGACUGCAUGACCCCCCAUGGAACAAUCCUCCACCAAACACUGGACUUUGAUGAGUUUAUUCCUCCCAUUCCCCCACCACCAUACUACCCCCCAGAGUACACCUGUACCCCCUCAAUGGACGGACAGAGAGGUUUGCAUCUGGACUUUCCCCAUUCUCCUUUCAGUGCCAUAUAUGGGGUGCCUAUCAACAGCCCAGGUACCCUGUACCCAACUGACCUGCCCCCUCCAUAUGAGUCUGUGGUGGGUCAAACACCAGCCAGCCAGGUUACCAUCAGCAUAGAGCAACAGGCCACUGAGUCCAGUCUAUGUGAGAGAAACACAACUGCAGGACUCAGCACUCAGGCCUCAGUGGACAGUGCCUCACUCAUGGUGUCAGAGGUGGCUGAUCAGGACCAGACUUGCUCCUCAGAGGACUUGUUCUCCCUGGAGGUGCAGGGCUCUGACUCCUCUCCCUAUGGCACGCUCCACACUGCCCCCACUGAUGGAAGCUGCACCAGCCUGGAACUUUGUACACGUGACGCCUCACGUUGCCGUCGUGGCUUGACUAACACUGACGCUCGCCCUAGUGAUACUGGCUACAGCGAGUCGUCACACACCCAGGAGUCACUGGAGCGCUCGCCUGACUGGUCCUCGGAAAACUUUAGCAAUCUGGACCAGGAGGAUUCAGCGGAGAACGCACAUCCAUGUGAGGAACUCAGGGCUUCAAUGCACAUAUGUGACGAGCUGGCCUCAGCCAAACAUUUACCAGAGGAGCCACCUAAACCUUCACCACACACCCUCAUUAAAGCACGAAUGACGAGCCGGAAGCUCACACUCCCUGUCACUAUCCCCCCACCACCUCAGCCUUGCUCCCCCACCUCUGUGGCUUCCUCUGGUGGAACUUCAGCUAUCAGCCCUUUGGCUGCUUCUCCUUCACCAUCACCUCCUGCCCGGCCACGCGGCCCUAGGCUGUGUUUCAGUGUUUGGUCACCUUCCUCUGCAUCACAACCCCCCUCUACCUCAGCCCAAAGUGGACAGUCUCCCUCAGAGAGGCCUCGGGUUCUCCGAGCAGCCAGGAGGUACCGCAAACUGGCACGCAUUGUCCGUUCCACCAGCGACCCUAUCUCGUGCUCCACUACGACAGGACGAGAAAAUUGUGGCUGCACCCCUGGAAGUGACCCUGCUACUGAAGAUUUAGCUCAUGCAUCACCAGAUCAGGAGCCAAGGGACAUUUCAACAGAGGUAGUUGGAGCUAAACCUGCACAUGUGUGUGCCACAAAGCAGCAGAAGGAGAGCAAGAAAAUUGACAUCCACCUAAAACCCAGAUCUCUGCACACACGCUCCUCCCACGAGCGCCCACACUCCCUGGCUGACCUUAAGAUGUACAAAGACACCAAAAUAUUAGUGGCUAAGUUCCUGGAGCACUCGAGCUGCAGUCUACCUCCUGAAGUCCAGCAGGUUGUCAACAACAUCAAGUGUGUCAUUAAAUCGGAUGAGAAACACAUGGAGGAGGCCAUCUUUAGUGCCAAUGUCAUAGAUCAGGUGAUGACCCAGCGCGUCAUAGGCAGUCCCAGGAAGCGUGGCCAUGAGGAUCUUCAUCUCCAGAGCUGUGGUGCUUUGAGUUCAUCCCCAUCCCCUUCCAUGCGCCGUCCAAAGCAUCUCCCACAAACAACCAGCGCCUGCACCAACCCACUGAGCUCCCCCUUAUCUGAACAAAGCCUUGAGUGCAGAGAAACUAUUCUUUGACCACUCUCCCAACAAGGACUCGGGUCUAAACUCUGAGGGCAAUUCCAGGAUGCUGGUGUUGCAGACACACUGUCCUGAGCAUCUGAUGUCUGUGGAGCAUUUAGGAACUCUUCGGGCAUCGUGAGACUCUCUCUUGAACGGUGUGACUGGAGCGCAAAGCUACUGAAAUGCUGUCAUACUGUAUUCCCUAGUGCCCUGUGAGACUGUGCCAAGUCAUCAGCAGAAAUGGUAGCAAACUCAGACUGAGCCUGCCAGUGUCUGUAGUGGCUUAUUUCUCAUCAGAAAAACAAAAGAAUGUUUCUCCCUCAGGGGAUCUUUUCUACUCAGUUUCAUCUCUUAAAAAAGAAACAAAUACGCAGCUGGUAAGUUUGGAUCAGUGACUGAAAGACAAAGGAGAUUGUGUUAUCAGUAUUCCUCUUGUCCUUGUAAGAAACAGAGCAAAUACAUGUUUGUAUUAAACUGUGAACUGAAUUAACAGGACUUUGUUUGCAGACUUUGUGGAAUUGUUACUGACAGGGUGGUGACUAUUUUGUGGUUCAAGAACAUCACAGAUGUGGAUUAUUUAACUUACCUCAUUGUGUUAC